CACCUAUAACUAAUGCCGAAAACGAUGCACGCGCUCUUUGUGCCAAAACCGUGGACCGUUUAUUAUGCUUCAAUGCACAACGACAAUUUGCAGCAUCAGUGAGCGCGUAAAUAUCUCCUGAAGCCUUUACAAGUGCCCGCGCUAUAAAUACAGCAGCGCGCGCGGACACUGGCCAGUUCACAAGCUAUAAAACUCGUGAUGGACGUCUCUCUUUCUCUCUCUCUCUUGGCUGCUUUUACAAACUUCAACUUGACUUUUUAAUAGGCUUUUCUCAGACUGACCAAAAAUACAAAGAUUGUUGUCGGACAACAGGACUUUUUUCUUCUGGAAAUAUUUUUUCUUCUGGAAAGACUUGUGGAAACCUAAUGUCGCCUUUUGAUUCAAAGGAAGUUUAUUUCUACCUGCGCUGUUUAAAGUGAAAAUGUUGUUUAGGUGGAGUGAUCCAGACUUGGAUAAUAUACAGUGGAUCUCAAAUGGUAUGAAUCUCUAAGGUUAUCGGUGCCCAUCCCAUAGCCUGGAGAUGUUAGCCAUUCAGCACUACAACAACUCAGCUCCGGUUCUGGAAGAGCAUUUCGCCAAUCAGACGCAGAAGUUAUCUGUGGAGACAGAGGAGCAAUGCAUGGAAAACCUGACCAGCCCCUCAACAAGCCCUAUGAUAGCUGGCCUAUCCAUGACACUGGGCAUUGUGUCCAAUAUCAUAGCACUGAUCAUCCUGGCCAAAGCUUACGCCCGCCGGCGGAAACAUUCGAAGGCCACCUUCCUGCUCUUCGCCAGUUCCCUAGUGGCCACGGACCUCGCCGGUCACGUAAUCCCCGGUGCCCUGGUCCUGCGGCUUUACCAGGCCGGCACUGCCGGGCGGCAAGGAGAGCCCGAUGCCAUUUGCCAUUUCUUGGGCGGCAGCAUGGUGUUUUUCGGCUUGUGCGCGCUGUUUCUUGGAUGUGUAAUGGCAGCUGAGAGGUGCAUGGGCGUGACACAGCCUCUCGUGCAUGCCCGCAUGGUAUGCACUGCGUACACCAAGAUAGUUCUGGUGAUUAUAUGGUCUUUUGCUUUAUUUAUAGCACUUUUGCCCUCCAUCCAUUUGGGUAGAUAUACCUACCAGUACCCAGGGACCUGGUGCUUCAUUAAGGUGUUAGACAAGGACACAACCAUCACAGAUGUGAUAUUUGUGCUACUCUUCUCUGGACUAGGACUGACGUCACUGGCCGUGGCAUUUAUAUGCAACACAAUCAGUGGUGUGACGCUGGUGAUCGCCCGACUUCGCCAGAGGACCUCCCACCGGAGAUCAGCCAAAUCACAUGAUAUUGAGAUGGUGGCACAAUUGGUGGGCAUUAUGGUCACUUCUUGUAUCUGUUGGAGCCCUCUGCUGAUCUUUGGGCUGAUGUCAGUCAUCAAGUCAUACCGUGGUUGUAUGAGCGAUGAUCUACAGUCCUACCAGACUUUAUUGGUAAUGGGAGUGCGUCUUGCUUCCUGGAACCAGAUUCUGGACCCUUGGGUGUACAUUCUUUUACGCCGGGCAAUCCUCAGGAAGAUUUACCGUUUGACCACCGGACGAAAUCCCAAGAGAGGGAGCACAUUCCGGCGCUGGGAGAUUAGCUCCUUCCAGAACUCGAUUAAUCGGAAAAACGCGAUUAAUCUAAAAUGAUGAACUGUGAUUAAGGUCUGGCACGUGGAAGAGACAUGGAAAAUAUUUAGAGGAAAAUCUGAAGGAUCGUAUUAACCACAUAUUUGCACUGCAGUGGCACAGAAAGAAGGCAAUACACCUGUGCUCAAAUCAUGAAUGUAGGAGCAGCAUACUGGAAGUUAAACUCAAGCUAUAUCAGCAAACCGCUGGUUUAACCACAGAGACUUUCAAUCAUAAAUGCUAAAUAAAAUGUGAAAUGUGACUGUGAGUUUGACUAACAUCUGCAUGCUUCCUUUUUUUACUAAGUGAUGGCCAGUAAAACUACAUUUCUUGAUAACAAAUGACGUUUAAGAAAUCAGAUUACAAAUGUUCUCUGCCAUAGAAGUCACAAUAAGAAAAUGUGUUGUUUGUACCUAUCUGUAUGUUUUAAUGGUUUAGCUAUAUUCAGGGUCAACAUCCACCAUCGUAAUUUGUAAAUCUGUCAAUUCAUUGUUAAGUGAUCUCUUUAGCAACUUCACUCAAAUCUCAAGCUUCCAGGUGUAUUUCAUAUUUUUGUAUGCUGUUUUCAGCAUGGUGUAAUUCAAGAAAUAGUAUUAUAAAUAAUAAAAAGUGUAAAUAUUAAAGCAAUGUAAAGGCAGAGCUUUUACUUGUCCAGAAGUAUAAGCAAAAUGUUAUUAUGGUUUUACUGUUCUUGUAUCUGUAUAUGUGUGUUUACCUUAAUUAUUUGUGAUCUUGAAAAGUAAAAGGAAUGGUAAAUGUA